CAUGAACACCGCUGAAAAAUUAUUAAACAUAACACAAAGGGGAAAUAAGAAGAAGCUUGUACUUAUAAAAUGGCUUCAAAAACUGAAAUUACUCUCAAAAAAGAAGAGAUGCUCUCUGUGUGAAAGAAAAAUGAAAAUGAGAAAAGGUGGCAACACAAGAGAUGGAUAUCGCUGGGUGUGUCGAAGACAUAAUAGAUUCAUGUCCAAAUCCAUAAGAGAUGGGUCUAUUUUCUCAGGCUCUCGCUCCUCCUUGACUUCUUGGAUGAUGUUCAUGCAUAGGUUUGCACAAGGGCUAAGACUGAGGCAAGUGGACUUAAUUGAAGAGGGAGUCUGUGGAAGCAGCCGCACUUUGUCCAAGAUGUCCAAGACACUAAGGAGGGUGUGUGUGCAAGCAGUUAAGCACCUGAAGAGGAUGGGGAAAAUGAGAAUAGGUGGAAGACAUGGUUUUGUUGUCAUUGAUGAGAGCAAGUUUUGUCACAAGAGAAAGUAUGCACGCGGGCGAUUUGGUGCUACUUGGCGCAGGAGAGGCUGGGUUUUUGGAUUGUUGGAAGUCAAUCAACGGAGAAGGAGGCCUGUGUUGAAAUUUGUUCGCAGACGAAAUUCUGAAAGACUACUUCCUAUUAUACAGCGAUAUGUUAGACCUGCAAGUACAAUUUUGAGUGACUCUUGGCGUUCCUACUGCAGACUGAGGCAACAUGGGUAUAUACACUACCAAGUCAAUCACCAGAGGUUUUUUGUUCACCCUGCUACAGGAGCACAUACCCAGCAUAUAGAAAGGUCCUGGAGAACCUUUAAGCAAGAGGUGUACCGUUUCAGAGGCAACAUGACUGAGAAGUCACUGAGAGAGAUCCUACAUUUUAUUGAGUGGAACUACUGGCUGGGUAGACAACACAGAAAUGGACCCCUUGGUCGCCUUUUCAAGGAUAUAAGAGCCAUACAUCCAGUACAAUAACAUCACCCCUGUGGCUGGAGCCUUUUUGCAUGGAGUUUGUAUGUUAUCUCCAGAUCUGUGUGGGCUCUCUCUGGCUACUCUGGCUUCCUCCCACAGUCAUGCAUGGGGUUAGAUAAAUUGGUGAUUAGCUCUAGGUCUGACUGUGUAAAUUGACCCUAGUUGUAAAUGUGAAUAGUUCGUCUCGGCAUUAGCCCGAUGACAGACUGG